UAGAGCUUUGAUUAAGAAGGGUAUGAAUUUAUACAUCGACUGUAAUUGUUUUUAUUAUUUAUUAUUUUUUCAAUUUUCUUACUCGUUUAUGCAGAGAGCAAACACUUUGUGCGCGCGCUCAUUUCGUAAAACAUGGAAGAAUUGCAGAGAGCUCUGAGCUCUAGAGGUUUAACAGUUUCGACUCUCCCAGAGAAAGGCCGCUGCCUCUUCACCACCCGAGACUUCCGUCCUGGCGAAGUUAUUAUAAGCGAAAAGCCUUAUGUUUGCGCGCCGAACAAGUCCGGUGAUGGUGUUGAGUGGAGGUGUGAUGGAUGCUUCGGGACGACUAACCUCAAAAGGUGCUCCACUUGUCAAGUUGCCUGGUAUUGUGGAAGCAAUUGUCAGAAGGAGGAGUGGAAAUUGCAUCGUCUUGAAUGUGAUGCGCUGUCAAAGCUUGAUAAGGACAAGAGAAAAUCUGUCACACCUUCUAUACGUCUCAUGCUCAGGCUCUACCUUAGGAGGAAAUUUGAAGCUGAGAGGGUCAUCCCAGCUACUGCUAUGGAAAACUACAAGUUGGUGGAGGCAUUGGUGUCUCAUAUGUCCGACAUUGAGGAGAAGCAACUCGUGUUAUAUGCUCAGAUGGCUAACCUUGUCAACUUGAUUCUUCAGUUGCCUGAUAUCAACAUCAAAGAGAUUGCUGAAAACUUUUCCAAGCUUGCAUGCAAUGCACAUACGAUCUGUGAUAGUGAAUUAAGACCUCUCGGGACUGGACUGUUUCCCGUCAUUUCAAUUAUUAAUCACAGCUGCUUGCCGAAUUCGGUUUUGGUAUUUGAAGGAAGGUCAGCUGUGGUACGUGCUGUGCAACAUAUACGCAAAGAUUCCGAGGUGUUGAUAAGUUAUAUAGAAACUGCUGGAAGCACUAUGACUCGCCAGAAGGCCUUAAAAGAACAAUACCUUUUCACUUGCAACUGUCUUCGCUGCAUCAAACUGGGCCAAUCUGAUGAUAUCCAAGAAAGUGCAAUUCUAGAAGGUUACCAAUGUAAGAAUGUCGGAUGUGAUGGCUUCUUGCUCCGUGAUUCUGAUAAUAUAGGAUUCAUAUGCCAACUAUGUGGACUUGUUAGGAGCAAGGAAGAAAUAAAGGCAAUAGCAAGUGAAAUAAAAUCAUGGACGGACAAGGCUCUUACUUCCUCUUCCUCACAAAAUUAUCAAGAAGCAAUCUCUAUGUAUAUGAAAAUUGAGGAGCUCCAGAGGAAAUUGUGCCAUCAAUUUUCAAUCAGUUUGAUGCAAACUCGAGAGAAGCUUUUAAAGUUGUUCAUGGAGUUGCAGGAUUGGAGGGAAGCACUGGCAUAUUGCAGACUGACCAUUCCAGUAUACGAAAGAGUAUAUCCAGGAUUUCAUCCUUUGCUUGGCUUGCAAUAUUAUACAUGUGGGAAACUUGAAUGGUUACUAGGGGACACAGAGAAUGCUGUAAAAUCUCUGACAAAGGCAGUUGAUAUACUCAGAAUUACUCAUGGAACCACAACACCUUUUAUGAAGGAGCUCUUCAUGAAAUUGGAUGAAGCUCGUGCUGAAGCAUCUUAUAAACUUUCAUCGAAAGAAGACGAAUGAAAAUAUCCGUUUCCGUUGCCUGCCUUUAAUGGAAUUUCCAUUGAAUUGGUAGACUCCAUUACUCGUGGUUUCUUGCUUCAAAACUCCUAAGAACGUACG